AUGUCCAGCAGAAAGAGUAAAUCGAAGCCAGCUAUACAACACGAUCCAGAAGCACAACAACGCCAUUUGAAACGCCAGCUUGAUUCUCUGGAACGGGACAAUCAUGAAUCUCUCAAUGACGUUGAAGGACUCAUUAGCUUGGCAUUGGCACAACAAGAAGACGAUGUACCCAGCAGUCGUAAAAAGAAGCACAAAGCGAGCAGGGCGAAUAUCCAUUCCGUAAAGACAAACUUGAAUGUUCUUAUUGAAGAUGCUCGGCUUGAUACGUUACCACCUCAUGUGCCAUCGUAUUUGACAUGUGCUGCAGCUCCAUCACGUUACCCAGCCCGACAUUUCUGUUCAGUGUGUGGUUUUCAAAGCAAUUACAAGUGCCUUCGAUGCGGGAUGAAAUAUUGUUCGGUCAAAUGUUUGAGAACACAUCAGGAAACUAGAUGCUUAAAGUGGACCGCAUAG